AUGCAGCGGCUCUCAAUGCAUGCGAUGGAUAGAGGCCUGCCAGACGGCGCUGGCUUUCCAAACACUGGCCAAGGCUUCGGCAGCUUCGUCAUGACAUCCACCACUCUUCCCCUCGUCCGCUCCGCCCUCUCGCGAAUCAAUCAACUGCUUCGGAUGGCUUGCUCCUGGGUAUUUCGAUUACCGUCGACACGCAAAGCCAAAGGGGCUUACGACACCGCAUCCUCUCCUUUCCCCGACUCCGUCUACGAUCAAGCGGAACAAGGGAAUUCUCCAUACCAGGUCACUUGGGGCUUCGAGCACCAUCGGCGCUUAUUGGUGAAAGCUCGUAAACAUGCUGAAAGUUCGCCAUUCGUUUCCUGUCUACAGGCCUCUUCGUCUAGUCCCGUAUCGCCCUCAGACGCACCCAUACCCUCUGACGAUUGCUUCACCUCGACGCCAAUCCGUCCUGCUCAUCGACAGAGACGCUUCGCUGCCAACGGGGCAUCUCCUCUCCUGGACAGUCUUCCCCCCUUUGGUCUAGGAACCCGCAGACUUCGUAAUCUUCAUCUGGAACGCGUCAAAGCUAUAAAUCCUGGUCCCGACUUUUCGCCCAUGCCAAAACGUCGUAGCUGGAGCUCCGACAUGUCGCCUUCGUCCUCGGUCUCUUCUUUAUUCGACGACUCGGACGGGGACAGCGUGGCUACGCUUGAUACCGAGGCUGAGGAGGAGUGUUGUAUAGACGAUGAAGUCAAAUCUACAUCACCAACAGAAUCUGCUGCUUCAGAUGUAGUUGAGACUGUGGCUCCUACUGUCGGCACUGGCAUCGCCGAAGCUCGGAAGGCUGCAAGUCAAACGUCAUUGGUGCCUUCAAUAUUCACGUCAUGUGGCUUAUCCGCCCUUGCCAUACCGGAGGCUAUGUUUUUAAUCAAGCCCGAGAGCGUCUUUCAGGCUUUCGGGUGCUCGUCAAUGCAUGUCAACAUCCAUGUGAACCUUUUCUUCGCGGCUUCUUCCGACUCAGAGACAAAUUCAGAGCCAGAACCCGCUGAGGAGAACAGCCCCAGUCCAGUUGACGACUGGGUCAGAGUUGUCCUCACCUCCCCGCCACCGCCUCAGCCUCCCAGCCCCCAGCAGCAGCAGCUCGAUUCCGAGCUCGACGAGAUCGAGGCGAUGCUCAAUGAGCUGGGUGCCCAGGUCAAGGACUGGAACGCCGAGAUGCGGGAGGUGCUUAGCAAGGGAAAGCAUAUGCUGUUCGAGCUUUGACGGGAUCAGAUUACCACCUUCGUUUUUGUAGUAGGCACGGUAGUUGUCGUGGUUGGCGCUGCUGUAACCUGCUGCUGUCCCUUGUAAUUGGGACCAGCGCGCCACUCUUUUUCUUCAGUUUGACUGGUUUCUGUUGGUUCUUAAUCGUGGCUAGUCCUGUAUCAUACAUAGGAUCAGCCAUAUACCGCUCUUGUAUACAAUGGUAUCUUCUGGAUUCUAUGUUAGUCUUGUUUACAGUGGUGGUUAAUCUUCCCUUUCUCUAACAAUGAAAAUCCACGUUGCCUCCUAGUUCUGUAUUUUAUCCUACGUAUCCGC